AUGACAAAACACCAGCAACGACGCGUCACCUUCAAUACCCAUUGCGAAGUGCGUGAAUUCGAGACGUUCAAUGGGGGCUUCUACAAUUCCAGCCGGAAAACUGUUCCCAAGCUCUCUACGAUUCAUCCUGUUGGAAUGCCCAUAAAAUUGGCUCAGAAGAAAGUGAUGAAACGAUCCAUAGGAACCAGUCAACUUCCGAGAUUCACUCCGAAAUCACCAAAAACGAGCAAGUUCAUGAUGCCAAGCCAUCUGAGGAGCCCAAUGAACCGCAAUAUGGUUUCUCUUUUCAAUCUGAACAACGACACGGAUUUCCAUGUCGGGAAGCUGUUCGGCAACCGCAAAAAGAACCAAGGAGUGAUCUGGACCCAGCCAAAAGCUUUGAAGUGAGUAGAACGCUCUGAAUUUUUGAGAAUAACUGUCCUUUUCCAGAAUUGUUCGUGGUUACUGGCAUCACAGUGACGAGUUGGAGUCGAGCGGAGAGAACCCGGCAGACACCGAAACGAACACGGGCUCUCCAGACGAUGUGCGAAAGAAGAAGUUGAUGACGAGAAACCAGCGAUUCCACCGGCACAUUGCGACAAAGGACAAGCGUGAUGCGCGGGUGCGGAGAACGUUGGAGAUCAUGAUGUGCGAGGAAAAUGUCGAGAAUCACGUCGCGAAAGCUGAGGAUUCAUUGGAGGAACGCGCAAAAGCUGGAAGAAUUGUUUCUGUUAAAUAA